AUGUGUCGCCUUACUCGCCGUGGUACCUCAACACUCCCUGCCCAGCCCAGCCAGCCAUUCCGACGCCGCCCCUACGGCUCCCUCACCCCGCUGUACCUCGCCCCACCCAGCCCAGCCACCCGCUCCUACGGCGGGCUCAAACAGGACGGACGAGGGAUUCAGCCUGUCUACCUAACCUGUACAAGUGGCCGAGUCGAGUGGCAGUACCCGAGAGCAGGCUUGAGGGUCAUCCUACGGUCCCCCCACAAAGGAAAGGAGUUCAGGGCAUGCAUCAAGGGAGACCAGAAGUUCGAGGGCGCUAGACUUUACCUUGAGGGACACCGAUCGCUGCUCCCCAUCUUCCACGCCGAUGAUGGGAGGCCGAAGGAGCUGGUGAGGUGUUUCUCAAGCUACAAGGGCGAGGCGGCGCUGUACGUGGAGGCCGAGCAAGGGCUGGACGGCCUCAAGAAGCAAGUCGCCGGGUUUGACUAUCACUUGAGACCUGUUGGAGAUGGCAAUGCGGUGUAUGAGCCCAUGGAAGAAUGCCGACCGUGCACUGAGACCGAGAUGCUACACCUGUACUGCGCGGGUGACUUCGUGGCUCGAGGCUCAAUACUUGCUGUUACCGACAAGCCGCACCUGGAGCACUCCCUGAUCACCAUCCACGCCACGAAGGUCUUCCAGCAAACGUAUCCUGUGUUCGGCCACGCCCACGCCCACCCCAAACGAGGCAGCACCGACAAGCAGACACAGACGCCGAAGGAAGAAGAGGAGGAAGAGGAUAACGACCUGUCCUUCAGCAGUCUCAUCGAAGCAGGAGGCUACGUAGGGAGGGUGGUGAUGCCCAUACAGUGUGGCGCCAAGUGGGGUGAGGGGGAGUUCCUGGUGAUGGGGGAUAUGCGCCUAGGCCAGCCCGUCCUCAGGUGUGCGCCCAGGUAUGAGGAGUGGUCAGCCCUCACCCGCCGCGCCCAGAGCCAAGCCCAGUGCAUCCUAGAAUCCUGA